CCCGACGUCAAGCAAAAGAAAAGACCUGACUCCAGGCGGACAAAUUUUAGGAUUUCAUGUGUACGUCAAGGUGCCUUCGGAAACAUGUCGGGACAGAGGGGAAGCAGUCUGUGUUCAUCACAUAAACGCUCGCUCUUGGUUUUAUCUAUGCUUGUUGUGUUUAUCAGCUCCAUCAACAACUCACUUCCUCUAGACGAGCAGAGAGAGCUGGAGCCAGAGACUUACAGCAAAUACUACAAUUACGACCAACUUACUGACCUUCUCAAAAGUCUCGCCCAGAAAUACGCAAACAUCGCAAAUCUGACCAGCAUCGGGAGAUCCGUUGAAAACAGGGAGCUUUGGGUGAUGAGAAUCACCAGAGACCCAACUGCUGAUGGGCCAGGAAAACCCAAAUUCAAGUACGUGGGCAACAUGCACGGAGACGAGACCGUGUCCCGGCAGGUUCUGAUCUAUCUGCUGGAGUAUCUGCUGGAGAAGUACGGAGAGGAGCCGCGGGUCACAGAGCUGGUCGACAGCACAGAUAUUUAUAUCAUGCCGAGCAUGAACCCUGAUGGUUUUGAGAAGUCUAAGGAGGAGGACUGUAUGGGCAAAGAUGAGGGUCGGAAUAAUGCUAAAAACGUCGACCUCAAUAGAAGUUUCCCAGACCAAUUUGAAGAGAUACACGUGAAUGCAGAAGAAAUGCCUGAAGUCGCCGCUGUCAUGAGGUGGAUCCUGCAGAACCAAUUUGUGCUCUCGGGGAAUCUGCAUGGUGGGACCGUGGUGGCCAGUUAUCCUUUUGAUGACUCUGCGGCCCAUGAUAACGAGGGCACCUAUAGCAGAUCCCCCGAUGAUGCUCUCUUCAGAUACUUGGCACGGGUUUACGCAGAGAAUAACCCUGUUAUGAAAACAGGGCAGCCGAAGUGUGAGGAAAACAUAAAUGAGACCUUCAAGGACGGCAUCACAAAUGGAGCAAAGUGGUAUGAUGUGGCAGGGGGUAUGCAGGAUUUUAAUUACCUGAAGGGGAGCUGUUUGGAAAUCACUAUGGAGCUCAGCUGCUGCAAGUACCCACCCUCAACUCAACUCAAAACAGAAUGGGACAACAAUCGGGAGGCCCUGCUGGCCUACAUGGAGAAGAUUCAUAUCGGUGUGCGUGGCUUUGUCAGAGCAGCCAGGAAUGAUGCCCCUCUCGCAGAUGCUGUGAUAAUGGUUGCGGGCAUUAACCACAAAGUGAGCACUUCACGCUUUGGUGACUACUAUCGCCUGCUGCUGCCCGGCACCUACAACAUCACAGUUUUAGCCCCGGGCUACAUUCCCAUGUCCGUGGCUGGAGUGGAGGUGACUGAGGGAAAAGCAGCUGUUCUGAACAUCACCCUUGAAGCUGAGAAUGAUGAGAAUCCAGCCACCCUCUCAAUCCCAGAGUCCCCCACUGAAACCUCUGUGAACAGUGCCAGCACAGACAGCAGCAGCAGCACCGGUGUCAACGAAGCAGCAGAUGAAGAGAAGGACUCCAGGGUUACAGUCCAGCCUCAGGACUUCCGCCAUCACCACUACAACGACAUGGAGCUGUUCCUGCAGAAGUUCAGCUCUGAGUACAGCUCCAUCACACGGCUGUAUUCCAUCGGAAAGUCUGUGCAGGAACGUUCCCUGUGGGUCAUGGAGAUCUCCAACAAUCCUGGUGUCCACGAGUUUGGUGAACCGGAGUUUAAGUAUAUUGGUAACAUGCACGGCAAUGAGGUGGUUGGUCGGGAACUGCUCCUCAACCUUAUCGAGUACCUUUGUCGCAACUAUGGCACUGACCCUGAGAUCACCCAGCUCAUCAACUCCACACGGAUCCACAUCAUGCCUUCAAUGAACCCAGAUGGAUAUGAAGUGUCCCAGGAGGGAGAUAUCAGUGGUGUCCAGGGACGUAACAACACUAACAACUAUGACCUGAACCGAAACUUUCCUGACCGGUUCAACUUUGUCACGGAUCCCAGACAGCCAGAGACCCUUGCUGUUAUGAACUGGGCCAAAAGCUACCCGUUUGUGUUGUCUGCCAACCUUCAUGGAGGCUCUUUGGUGGUGAAUUAUCCAUUUGACGACAAUCCGGACAAUGUUAGCAGAUACAGCAAGUCCUCAGAUGAUGAUGUAUUCAGGAUGGUGGCUCUUGCUUACUCACAGGAAAACUCUCAAAUGUAUGAUGGUCACUCCUGUAAGGGAAUGGAUUUGUACCAAGAAUAUUUUAAAGAUGGCAUCACCAAUGGUGCUGAAUGGUACAAUGUCCACGGAGGGAUGCAGGACUGGAACUACAUCAACACUAACUGUUUUGAGGUGACCAUUGAACUGGGAUGUUACAAAUACCCACCAGCAGCAGAUCUACCAAAGUACUGGGAACGAAACCGCAGAUCACUUCUACAGUUCAUCCAUCAGGUACACCGGGGAGUAAAAGGAGUGGUAAUCGACAGUAAAGAUGGAUCUGGCAUCCCCAAUGCUACAAUCACUGUGGACGCGAUUAAUCACCCCAUCACUUCCAACUUUGCAGGGGACUACUGGCGCUUACUCGUCCCAGGAAAAUACCAUCUGACUGCUUCUGCCCAAGGCUACUCCUCAGUUAGCACCUUUGUCAACGUGCCUAAGGAAGGAGUGGAGAUUGUUAAUUUCACAUUGAACCGGAUUCACAGUUACACCAAUGGGCAGACGACAGAAGACACCACCCCAGUUCUGGAUCCCAGUGUGAAGGAGUUCCAGAGCCUCAUCAAGCAGCUGUCAGGAGAAUCUGGUCUGGACAAGCUGAUCAAGGACACUCCCACCCAGAGUAGUUUCCGCUAUCGAUGCUACAGUGAGGUUUCCGAGUUCCUGCGUGGCCUCACCCUGAACUUCCCAGAGAUUACCUCACUCCAAAGUCUUGGUCAGAGUGUGGAGUUCAGAACUGUCUGGGCUCUGGAGAUCUCCAACAACCCUAAAGUCCAAGAACCGUCUGAGCCCAAGAUCCGCUUUGUGGCAGGUAUUCAUGGUAACGCCCCUGUGGGUACAGAGCUGCUUCUGGAGUUUGCUGCCAGUCUCUGUAUUAACUACGGAAAGAAUGCAGCCAUCACAAGGCUCAUCAAUGAGACCAGAAUUGUUAUCCUGCCCAGCAUCAACCCAGAUGGGCGAGAGCUGGCGAAAGAGAAAGACUGCACCUCCACUGCUGGCAAGACCAAUGUGCACGGCAAAGACCUUGACAAUGACUUCUUCGGUAAUGCAUCUCAGCGUGCUGCAGAACCUCAGCCAGAGACACGUGCCGUUAUGGAUCUGAUACAGGAAAGAGGCUUCACUCUCUCUGUGGCUCUGGAUGGAGGCUCCGUUUUGGUCACCUACCCAUAUGACAAACCAGUGCAAUCUGUUGAAAAUGCCGAUACGCUGAGAUAUUUGGCUACUGUGUAUGCCAACCACCAUCCCAAAAUGCAUUCGGGUGACACUGGAUGUCCAAACAGCCAGAUGGGCACCAUCCCUAAUGGUGUGCUUCGAGCAGCAGAAUGGCACAGUCACAUGGGCAGCAUGAAGGACUUCAGUGUGGACUUUGGCCACUGUCCCGAGAUCACUGUCUACACCAGCUGCUGCCUGUUCCCACCGGCUGAAAUGCUGCCCACGCUAUGGGCUGAGAACAGGAAGUCUCUUCUGAGCAUGCUGGUUGAGGUGCACAAAGGGGUUCGUGGAGUGGUCAAGGAUAAGAACAGUAAGCCCAUCGUGGGUGCUAUAAUAGUAUUAAAUGGUGGUGUUCGAGUCUUCACCAGUGAGGGAGGUUAUUUUCAUGCCCUUCUGGCCCCUGGUUUACACAACAUUGAAGCGGUGGCUGACGGCUACCAGCAACAGUCCCAGAAGGUGUCUGUGUCACCGUUUGAAGCAGCAAGUUCCAUUAUCAUUGAAUUUGACAUGGAGAACGAUAUAUUUGGCCUUCCAAGAGAAUUAGUUGUGGCCAGCGCAGCUGCUGCAAUGACGGCCUUGGUUGUGACAGCCUGCAUCAUCUGGUGCAUCUGCUCAGCAAAGUCAAACAGACAAAAAGAUGGAUUCCAUCGGCUUCGACAGUACCGGGACGACUAUGACGAUGAGAUCCGCCUCAUGUCUAUGGGCUCCAAAAAGUCUCUCCUGAGCCACGAAUUUCAAGAUGAGAGUGAAAGUGAGGAGGAUACGCUUUACACCAACAAACUUUGAGACCUUACUGCUACCUCUCCUCCCCCUGAGUCUGUCCACACUGCCUGCAGGGCCAGUAGAGGGCGCUCAAUGGCCAGCAGCCGGUAUUGUCCAAUCUAUUGAAACCUGAGAACCACCGUGGGAUGCACUUUAAUGCCCUGUUGAAAUCGGGCGAGCGUUUUGCACCGUAGUGUAUGCAACCACUGCUCUCAACCAGCCUGCUUAGUUAUCUGGGUCUUUAUAAAACCGGUCCUCUACCCUUGGAAAAGGAAACCGAACAGCUAGAAUCCAUCUCAACAGGAUUAUGAAACACUGUGCCUUGUUAGAUUAGAGGUUGCAUGGUCGCUGCUGUUGUGAGGAUGAUGAUUUUGUAGAGUAAAUGGAAUUUUGCUCCUCUUUUUUCUGUGGGCCCGGAUCAAAGUCAGGAAUCAAUUCAUCUGAGAAUCUGGUCUGCUCAUUGGCUUUGAGUUUAAGUUUAUGAAAAACACACUGCUGUGUUGCUUGUUAUUUGCAAUCAUAUAGCCAACAUAGUGGCCCAAAUAUUUCACAUUUUGCAGAGUUACCCGUCCAAUCUCAAAUGUAGAUAUUUACAUUAAACAAGGUGACACAUUAGAUACGUAGCAGACAAACAUGCUCAUUCACUGCCUUCCCAUUUCUCCUCUGUUAUUUUGACAUUCAGGGAUAUGGUGAAACAAUAAUAACUUCACACGGACAUCAUAGUGUUUACUCAGUGUGUCUGGAUUCUUUUGUCUUAAUGUGCACUCUUGAAAAUGUUGUCCGUUUUGUUAAUUUUAAAAAAUAUAUAUUUAUUUUUGUUUUAACAUCCAUCCAGCGAAACAUUGAUUUUGCUCACCGGCUCUCAGGCAUCCCAAAAAGAUCAGAAAAAAACAGUGCUGUCAACUUUAUUCAUGUAGUUGAUAUUAUUUGCAAUUCAGGAAACGAAUUAAAAGCAUAUAGUGUAUAUUUAGGCAUCAUCGUCUGAUCAAUAUCUGCAUCCUAGAUCUUCUCUUCCAAAAAACCUUUAAAACAUUGGUGAUCAUUUGAAAACAUACAUAUAGUAUAUAUAUAAAUUGUUCAAAUGCAUUAAAGCACUGCAGUAUGUUUCCUCCAUGACUGGAUGAGGCUUUGAUUGUGUGACACAUUGAGCAAUCUGAAACCAGCAGAACACCUGCGAGUAUUUCUUACUGUGAGCAGGCAGCUUCACUCUGUCACUGUUAUGAAUCAGUGAAUCAUUUUCUGAAUCAUUCUACCCUCUAAAAGUUACACGUAUGAUUUGGAUAUAGAAGAUGAAGAUGAUGAGACUGGUGGGGCAUUCUUCAUGCUUUUAACAGAGAAAAGCAACAAACACCCUAUUAAAACUCUUAAUGGAAGAUUCAGAUUUUUAUUUAUAAUUCAUAUCAUUCUGUGCCAGUCUGACCAUUCAUACAAGUCUAAUGUUAGUAAGUGGGAAAAGAAUGUUUCUAUGAUUUAUUUAGUCAUUGAUCCUAUUACCAACAAAAUUUUAAUUUAAUUUGGCUUGAUGUUGAUUGUCAUGCUUGAAUGUAAAUUUCUGGGUGUGUUUGAACAAAUAUGUAACUUUUCUGUUUGUGCUGAUGUUUAUUUUUUUCUUUUUAUACAACAAUGAUUGUAGAUAUCGAAUUGUUGCCAACUAUAUGUAAAUUACACAAGUGCAAUUUCUAUCAAGAGUGAAAGAACUGCACAAAUAAAGCUGUUUAUGUGUAUUAAAGAAAUGGUGUGUAAUGAGAUGUAAAU